ACGCCCCCAUUUGCCCUGGCUCCAGCGCCGCGGACAGGGUGCAGCCCCCUUUGCCGCCGCCGCCACUCUCGCUGCUGCUCCGGCUGGGCAUCUGGAGCCUGUCGGAGCAGACUGCCAGGAUGGCCAUGGGGAUGCAAGAACAGUACGAGCCGGUGGCGGAAAUCGGCAUUGGAGCCUACGGCACCGUCUUCAAGGCCCGCGACUUGCAGAGUGGCAAAUUCGUGGCCCUUAAGAACGUGCGGGUGCAGAACAGCGAGAACGGGUUGCCACACUCGACAGUCCGUGAGGUGGCCCUGCUGAAACGCCUAGAGCACUUCGACCACCCGAAUGUUGUGCGGUUAAUGGAUGUUUGCACAACGACACGGACUGAGCGUGAGACCAAAGUGACACUGGUCUUUGAGCACGUGGAUCAGGAUCUCAAAGCAUAUUUGGACAAAACACCACCUCCUGGCUUACCUGGGGAGGUAAUCAAGGACAUGAUGCAUCAGUUCUUGAGUGGCUUGGAUUUCCUGCAUUCAAACUGCAUUGUUCACCGUGACCUCAAGCCAGAAAACAUCCUGGUGACCAGCUCUGGUCAAGUCAAGCUGGCUGACUUUGGCCUGGCUCGGAUAUACAGCUGCCAGAUGGCUCUGACACCAUUGGUUGUCACCCUCUGGUACCGUGCUCCAGAAGUGCUGCUGCAGUCAGCCUACGCUACCCCUGUGGACUUGUGGAGUGUUGGCUGCAUCUUUGCCGAGAUGUAUCGAAGGAAGCCUCUCUUCUGUGGCAACUCGGAAGCUGACCAACUGGGCAAGAUCUUUGAUCUGAUUGGUCUCCCGUCAGAGGAGGACUGGCCACUGGAUGUCUCGCUGCCCCGUUGUGCCUUCGCUGCCCGCUCACCACAGCCCGUUGAGAAGUUUGUGCCAGAAAUAGACCCUGCAGGGGCCCAGCUGCUUUUGGAAAUGCUGACAUUCAACCCACUGAAACGUAUCUCUGCUUUCAAAGCACUGCAUCAUCCUUACUUCCAGGACAGGAGUGCAGGUGAAGGGUAACAAUGCAGAUCCCUUGCAUGGGGGGGAAAAGACUACAUGAAAGACAUUGUGUAUACUUGUGUGUGUAUGAGGAUAAGUUGCAUCCAGCCACAAUCAGACCAGUUUUCAAACCUCCUGGCUGUGCUGGCAUUGAGGGAGCCAGAAGUCAGAGCUGUUGCUGACAUUCAUGAAGAAUAUGAAGUGGUGCACUUUUCAGGAAAUGCAAGGAUGAAAUCCUUCCCACCUUGGAAAUGUGAGGAUUCAGCUAGCAUCUCUGCGCCACCAUGUGCACACCCGCUGUUCCUGGGCUGAUCCCCAGUGAUGUUCUUGAAGGUCAGUUUGUGUUUGGGAGAGCCCCAGUUUGAGGGAUCUCACUGAGUCAUCUGUGGGCUCUUUGCCAAAGGUCUUUCUUCCAAUUUCCUUUUUUAAAAAAUACAGAUUUUUUUUUUAAAAAAAGCCAAUAGUUUACACACAAUAAUGUUGCUGCCUUAUCACAUUCCAGUGGCUAAAAGUUUGACACUAAAGCCUUGCCUUAACUUGUUACAGAGCUCCCAUGAAAAUUAGGAGCAAAGGAUAUUUUUAUAUAAAUUUUCAGAAUUAGUAUUUUUGUUCUGAAUUGCCAAGACACUGGUCAAGACAGACCGAAGUUAUUCAGUAUCUUCACACAGGACAGGUGCUCAAAUGGAGAGCCACUGCAUCUAUGUGAAUCCAGCUGUUCAUAUGAAACAUUUUUCUUACCUAAAUAAACAAAAAGCUUCUGAAAGUGAUGAAAUUUCAAUAAAGACUGUGGGAUGGGGCCCAUAAAAUGUCA